AUGUCUCCAGUUGAAGAGGAAGAUUUAGGCUUUGAGCACUUGAAACUCUCAGGAGUGAUAGGAUUAAAUGGGAAAAUUCCACAUUCAUUCACGAUGCACCCAGACAGGCAACACGCCGUCUUCGCUUUGGGGUGCACAGUGAUAAUCCAGGACAUGAAUACACAUGAACAGCACUUUCUACAAGGUCAUACGAAUAACAUAGUCUGUCUGACAGUUAGCAAAAACGGAAUGUAUAUUGCAUCCGGACAAACCACAUAUAUGGGCUAUAAAGCUUCUAUAAUUGUAUGGAAUUAUGAAACACGGGAAAAAUAUGCGGAAUUCGUCCUACAUAAGGUCAAGGUUCAGGCCUUGGCUUUUUCUCCUAACUCAAUGUAUCUUGCCAGCCUCGGCGGGCAAGAUGACGGGAGUGUUGUGAUAUGGUCAAUAGGAAAGAAGGAAGCCAUAUGUGGGAGCCCAGCCCAGCAUCAAAGUGCUGGGAUAACUUUGGCCUUGGCUUACGCGAACCUCGACGAAGAAAAAUUCAUCACAGCUGGAGAAAAUACUGUCCGAAUCUGGCAGCUGGACUUGGAGAAUCGGAAAAUACGUCCAAGAGAUUGCGCCCUUGGCCAGAUUAAGAGAACUGUUCUAUGCAUUGCUGUGUAUCCGGACGAUGACCUGUUUUUCUGUGGUACAAGUAGUGGGGACAUUCUUGGAAUCAAUAUGCACUCUGCUUUACUUCAGAUUGUCUCACCAGAAAAGAACAAGUACAGUCUAGGUGUUUCGACUAUAACUGCCAUGUCAAACUCAACUCUACUUAUUGGAACUGGAGACGGUGUGGUGCAGGAGUGUGCGAUUAGCUACAAUCGGGAAGGACACCGGUGCUAUCCGAAACUGAGCCGCACAAAACAAGAGCAAAAGUUGUCCGGGAAAGUAACGGCUAUCAGUUUACGUGGAGAAGGCCAUCAGUUUUAUGUUGCAACCGAUAAAUGCAAUCUCUAUCUGUUUAAACACGCUGAUUUCUCUCAGGAGUUGAUCUACUCGUCUCAUUACGCAGCUGUAAAUGAUAUCCGAUUCCCAAAUAAAUGCUCCGAGCUUUUUGCAACAUGCUCCUACCAAGAUGUGCGUGUUUUCAACACUGGGACACAACAAGAACUGCUCCGGAUUACCAUACCAAAUAUGACAUGUUACUGCCUGGAUAUCUUGACCGAUGGGACGGCGAUUCUCUCAGGCUGGGAUGAUAGUAAAAUACGUGCAUUCUAUCCGGAAACUGGUCGACUCAUGUAUUCUAUCCACAAUGCACACAAGAAGGGUGUGACUGCGAUAUGUUCAACCUCAAAGUGCAACCGAAUCAUUAGUGGGGGUGGUGAGGGCCAUCUUCGAGUUUGGGAUAUCAAAGAAAUUCGCCCGAAGAUAGAGAAAUUUGGACACCGUCGUCUACGCCAUCGUCAUUCCGCCGGUCGCCUGGAAGCUGGUGACGAUGCGGGCAUACCUGAAUCAAGCUUUGUCACAGUACUGGUCGCCGCUAUGCACGAACAUACGAACGCUGUUUCCUGCAUCCAAAUUAGCAAGGACGACAAAUCCUGUGUCUCGGCGUCCGCUGAUUCUACAUGUAUAAUCUGGUGCUUGGAAACUUUCAGACGUCGCCAGAUAAUAUUCUCCAACACGCUAUUUCGAUGCAUAUGUUAUCAUCCCACGGAAUGUCAGGUGAUCACGUCAGGGACAGACAGGAAAAUCGGCUAUUGGGAGGUGUACGAUGGGUCACUCAUUCGCCAACUGGAUGGAUCCAGAUCAGGAUCAGUCAAUGGCAUGGAUAUAACUGGCGACGGGAAGACGUUUGUGACGGCUGGUGAUGAUAAGAUUGUCAAGGUGUGGAAGUACAACGAGGGCGAGGUGACACACGUGGGAAUCGGCCAUUCGUCCCCAGUGACAAGACUUCGGAUUUCACCUGAUCAGAGCAAAGUGAUCACCGUCAGCGAGGAUGGAGCAAUCUACAUUUGGGAUAUGCCGCAAACAGCCUAGCCAGUUGAACAGGCCAACGCCAUUCACAAGAAAAAUGAGGUUCCACUGCCAACGGCUAAACAACUUGUGGUGAUACAGAUUCAUAACUCAUUUCUUGACUAAUCUGAUCGUAUGCAUAGAUGAGAACUCAUUCCUUCUGGGAUGACAACUCUAUUGUCUGUUAGAUCACAUUGUCCUGAUUAUUGCGGACAAAAAUACAUGCCUG